AUGUCCACAUUCCAACUUGAAGAUAACUUGGCUCUUCUGGGUGUUAUCCCUCGAACCUAUGCUCUAGUGCUCGUUCCAUUGGCGCUGUACCUUGUCUAUAAAUGGACACUGGCAACAGACAUUCCCCAUAUCAAAGGAUUACCCGAGAUUCCAGGAGCAAUUCCCGUCUUUGGCCAUCUCUUGAAGCUAGGUGAAGAUCAUGCAAGCGUUUGUGAAGGCUGGUGGCGGCAAUAUGGCCACUCUGUAUUUCAGAUCAAACUCGGCAACACCCGGGCGGUUGUGGUGAAUUCGUUUGAGGAUUGCAAGAAAAUGAUGCUUGGACAUCAAAAUGCGAUCAUCGACAGACCAAAGCUCUACACCUUUCACGGUGUUGUGAGCAGCACCCAAGGAUUUACGAUUGGUUCUUCGCCGUGGGACGAGUCAUGCAGAAAGAAAAGAAAGGCGGCUGGAACAGCGCUGGGAAGGCCGGCCCUUCGAAAUUACCACCCGAUGUUUGAUCUGGAGAGCUAUUGUAUCGUCCGUGACAUUUAUCGUGACAGUUCAAACGGUACCACCGAACUCAACAUCCGACCUUAUAUCCAACGCUAUGCUCUCAACACUACUUUGACAUUAUGCUACGGUAUUCGCAUGGAUGCCGUUUACGACGAUCUCCUACGUGAAAUUCUGCACGUCGGCUCUGCAAUCUCACUGCUUCGAAGUGCGUCAGAGAAUCUGCAAGACUAUAUCCCAAUCCUCCGGUAUCUUCCCAACAACGAAAAAACAGCGAGAUCAAAGGAUCUCCGAGAGCGCCGCGAUGCAUACCUGAAUCUUCUUCUCGACAAAGUGCGUGAAAUGAUCAAGAAAGGCACCGACAAGCCUUGCAUUUCUGCUGCAAUUCUGAAGGACGAAGAGACAAAGCUUUCCGGGGUCGAAGUCUCCUCGAUCUGUCUCUCGCUUGUCUCUGGUGGCUUUGAGACGAUUCCUGGAACUAUGACUUCAGCGAUCGGGUCUCUUUCUACGCCCGAGGGACAAAUCUGGCAGGAUCGGGCGUAUGAAGACAUCAAGAAGUACUAUCCUGAUAUCCGGGAAGCUUGGACUGGUGCGAUUCACGAGGAAAAGGUUCCCUAUCUAAAUGCAAUCAUCAAAGAGGCUGGUCGUUACUAUACUGUCAGCUCAAUGAGUCUUCCCCGAAAGACAGUGACCGAAGUGAACUGGAAUGGGGCCAUUAUUCCUCCGAAAACUAUGAUCUUGAUCAAUGCACAGGCUGGUAAUCACGAUGUUGAUCACUUCGGUCCUGACGGAGGGAAGUUUGACCCAGAGAGGUGGCUCCAGUCCAUCAAUCCCCCCGUGGAAAAAGAUGCCGCUGGCCUUCCUCACCUAAGUUUUGGUGCUGGGUCGCGCGCAUGCUCUGGCCAAUUCAUUGCCUCACGAUUGCUCUAUACCGCAUUGCUUCGGCUCAUCUCCUCCUACAAGAUUGUGGCAAGUGUGACCAAUCCCCCCAAUACCGAUUACGUGGAGUACAACCAGUUCAAGACAGCCCUGGUUGCUAUUCCCAAGGAUUUCAAGGUCAAGUUGAUUCCUAGGGAUGACGCGAUGACUAGUGAAUGUCUGCAUGCUGCUGAGCUUCGGACUAAGGAGCAUUACAAGGAGUAA